CCUGAAUCCCCUCUACCUCCGCCUUACUCCUUUGCCACAUACACUGUUCCAGCGGACAGGACCUUGAGCCCAUUACAGGGUGGAAAUCAGAUUAUCACCCGAUUAGUCGGAUCUCACCCAUUAUGGGGUCAUCACCUAUGGAACACUGCUCGAGUCUUGACCGAUUAUCUUCUAGAGCACUCCUCAUUGGUCAAAGGCAAGAAAAUUCUUGAACUCGGCGCCGGAGCAGCUUUGCCAAGUCUUGUGGCUGCCUUGAAAGGAGCCAACCAAGUCACCAUCACCGACUACCCCGAUCAAGAGCUCUUGGACAAUAUGCAAUGGAAUGUGGAUACGAAUGUGCCUCUGGACAUAAGGCCUCAGACACAUGUCAAGGGCUUUUUAUGGGGAGCCGAUCCUACACCCCUCAUGAAUGGCCCAGAGGAUCGAUACGAUCUCCUAAUUCUCAGUGAUCUCGUAUUCAAUCAUUCUCAACACAAGGCUCUGAUAUCAUCUGUCAACUCGCUCUUAUCUCUGGAUCUGCCAUCCAAUGGCGAAAUGACACCUUGUGUCUUGAUAUUCAUCACGCACCAUCGACCUCAUCUCGCAGAUGCUGACAUGGCAUUCUUACCUGCCCUCGCGGAGUCAGGCGAUGGAUGGGGUUAUGAGCAGGUGGUCACUGAAUGGACAGGAGUCAUGUUUGACGAAGAUCCAGGGGACGAAAAACUCAGAGGGACGGUCAAGGGCUUUAGGGCGUGGCGAAGGCGCAAGGAGGCAUGA